AAAGAUUAUUAUUGUGGCAAAAUCAGGUUACUGCAGAAUAUAAGAUAUGUAAGGGAUAUUCAUCCAAAUAUCUACAAAGCCUUAUUAGCUGCUUUCAAGUGGUUUGAAGCAAACCUACAAAACUAUCCACCUUGAAGCAGCUUACCGGAUGUCCUAUUUCAGAUAUAAGAUAGCUGUAACAACCAAUUGUAAAUGAGGCAGAAGUUCCCCUUUCACAGAUGAGAUAUCAUGGAGGAACUUCAGGGUCAUGUGUAUUCCUAAAAGACAGACCACAUUUCAGUUGUGGAAUUGCAAUGACCUUUUUAAAGGACAUGCACCGUAAAUCCUCAAAGAGGAUUGCUGGCUGGAGUUGAGCGUUACAGAUGCAGUGACCCAUUUAAGAAGCCUGUGCCUGUGGCAGAAGACAUGAUAUACAAAACCAUGAUCUGCAGCUUACAGUGCGUAAUGAAAUCAAAUCAGAGGAGCCACACUGUGGAUGUUCUGCUCUGGCCAAAAGAGUUGCAUCACCCUAUAGAAUUAACUCAUUUGGCUUCAUGCUAAACAGUAAUAGCUGUGGAUGUGGUGUAUUUACAUUACUUAUAACAAAGUGCCACCCGGUGGCCUUAUAUUGUAAUCACAACUUUGUCUUUAUGGGAAAAUAAAUCUGUAUUUUCUGUUUAGUUAAAAUUAUUAAUUUCUCCAUUUAAUGUUAGCUGCACAGUUUAUUUAUUUCAGUAACAAUAGCUGUUGGAUUUGGUGUUCUAUAAGAUCUGAUUUAUCUCCUGUACACCCCCUGCGCUUGGAACGGCCUGUUCAGAAUCAUAAUGACGCCCAUGGAGGCGCUCACUGACACUGAACAGACAGAGUUAAUUCUGAAGCCUACAGAGAAUGUAAAAUAGGACAAAUGGUGUCUAAGUAGAGCAAACCUCUAUUGGGCACCUGCCAUUGGUAGAAUGUACUGAAACCUCGGUAAAAUAAGAUGCAUAGCCGAAUCGACACUUCCGACUACUUGUAUUACCUGGCUCGUUUUUACAGGGAGCCUCGGAAGAUCGUCCUGCACAAGGGUUCCACGGGACUGGGCUUCAACAUCGUCGGGGGCGAAGAUGGAGAGGGGAUCUUUGUGUCCUUCAUCCUUGCGGGAGGACCAGCAGACCUUAGUGGGGAGCUACGGCGAGGGGACCAGAUCCUGUCUGUCAAUGGCAUAGAUCUGCGAGGUGCUACUCAUGAGCAGGCAGCCGCCGCGCUGAAGGGAGCUGGGCAGACGGUAACCAUCGUUGCACAGUACAGACCAGAAGAAUACGGUCGAUUUGAAGCAAAAAUCCAUGAUUUGCGGGAGCAGAUGAUGAACCACAGCAUGAGCUCCGGGUCAGGCUCCCUACGAACCAGUCAGAAACGCUCUCUCUACGUUAGGUAGGGUACUCUGGGUUUUCUAAUGGGCUUGUUCAUUCAAGAUGUAUAGUAAGUCGAAACAAAAGAUGUGCCUUUUUACCAUGCCAGUCUCGCAGGAUCUCACUGCAAGUCUCAAGACCAGACACAAUACCUGCACACAUACCUGCACACAACUUUGUCACAUUUUCAUGUGUACAGGUUUUACAGUUUGAGGUUGUCAAAAUAAUGGGUACCACACAAACAUAUUAGAGUAUACACUAAUAAUGUGAGCAAAUUAAACAUAAAGUUACUGAAGAACUAUAGACUUAACAACACUGUCUACAUCACAUUUGUCAGUUGUUACCAAUUCUGUGGACACAUUUUCACAGAGCAACGUCAAUCCAUGAAGGAAGACUGGGUUAACCAACUGAAGUUUAAUAGCAAAAUAUAAUGCACAAGACCUGAGAAUGGAUUUUUUUUUUUAUACUUUCAUGCAAACGUAACUAACACUUAUGGACUUCUUAUGAACAACAUUUUUUUUUUAACAAAAAAAAAAAAAAAAACACAGCUUAUAUAUGUUACAUAAUCUAUCAAACGCCCAGAUUCCAAUAAAUUGUUUUAUUAACUAUAGUGUUCAGACAUCAGCGCCAGGAACAGGAAAUCCAUAUAAAACAAAAAAAAAAAAAAAAAAAACUCCUCUUCUGUUGACAAAUUACAUAUUUGUGCCCAGGGAG